CCAGCUUGGUUCACUUCCCACAAAAUUGAUCGUUUUGUUUUUGUUUUUGCUACUUGGUCCUAGAUCCGGGCCAACGUAGCAUGUGAGAAAGGAGGCAUAAAUUGAGACUGGUUUGCUUGAAACAUGGCGAGGCUCUCUCUUCUGGCUCUUUUCUUGCUGAGCGGCCUGGUAGCGUUGCAGUCCGCCACAGUGCUGGCUGAUUCCACUGACGAUGAUGAAUUCGUUGAAAUUAUGCCUAAAAGCACACACGUCGAGGAUGACGACGAUGAGUACCAGGAUGUAGUGCCCGUGGUUGUAGAAGAGGAGGAUGAACCUGAACCUGAAUCUAGAGAUAUAACCAGUAGGCGAGAGUCUGAUGAUGAUGAAGACGAGGAGCUGGAACCAGCUGUUGUUGAGAAACCUGCUGAGAAUGAAAAUAUCAUGGACACUGAAGCGAAAAAGCCAGCUUCAUCCCAACGUUCUUCCAGUGGCAGCCUGGAUGAAGAGGAGUUUGAAGGAUUUGAGGAGUUAACCAAGGAUGCGGAUAGUGUUGAUGAAGAGGAAGUGAAAGAGGAACCGACCACUAAAAAGCCAGCUCUCAACGAGGCACACGUUCCUCGCCAUGUACUCAGCUCACUCAGGGCUAACUGGGAUCAGUUUAUCAUUGAAAUGAUCAUGCUGGUAGCUGUGCUCGCGUACGGUGGAAACUUCUUGCUGGGCAAGUCGAAAAAUGCGUCUAUCGCCUAUGCCUGGUUUGAGGCUCAUCAGGAAGUGCUUACAAAUAACUUCUCGGUGGUGGGCGAUGAUGGCGAAGGCACUGCCCCGAGCCGGAACAUUGUGAUACGCGAGGCCGAGAACGUCUUCCUCGUCCACUGCACGGGCCGCGCCAACUGCGACUCCUUGCUGGUUGAGUUGCAGCUGCUGAAGCGGCAGGAUCUCGUGCAGCUGCUUUCGCAGACCAUUCGUCCCAAGUCUGAUGCGGUGCAGAUUACGGUCAGUCUCAGCGCCGAAGACAUGGAUCCGUUCGUGUUUGCUGUUGCACCGAAGCGCAAUAUCAGCCGCUUGAUGAAAGAGCACCGCGACCUUGGCUUGCUGAGUCCCGAGAAACGUCGCUGUGACCAGUACGGAGUGCCAGCAACGUUUACUGUUGUUUCCGAGACGACUGAAGUGCUACCGACGAUCUUGACGACUUCAUUUGUAGCCACGCUAAAGAAAUACGAGGAGCUAAUUGACUAUAUUCACUUCUCUGAUCAAUUUGUUCCUAAUGUGGAUCAAGAUGAAGCCUCAAAGGACGACAAGGCUGCACAGGCUGCAGCGGCUGAAGCACUAAAAUCAGCACAGCGCGUGCUUAUCUUCAGAUUCAAUCUUCCGGCUCAUUUACGAUUCACCACUCGCAAGCAACUGGAUAAGCUGGUGCCUCUGAUGCGUAUGGUGCUGCAUUCGAUUGAUCGUGUCAAGAAAUGCCGCUUGAGUCGCGAGGCCAAAGAGCAUGCUGUGAAGAACAGAUCGAAAAUGUCGGAAGAAGUUUCCAAACUAACUCAUCAGCAGCGCCAAGAGCGUGCACAAGAAAGACGUGAAGACAAGUUGCGUAAGGAGAAGGAGCGCUACAUGACAAUGGAGGAUCCGGAGAAGGCGCGCAAGCUCCAAGAAAAAGUCCUCCAGCGGGAGAACAAGAAGAAGAAUCCUAAAAUGAAGACCGCAAUCCUGCGCCGUGGCUAGAACGCUUUUCUGAGAUGCUGGCCAAUUGCUCUGGUCUGUAUUUUCUCCUACUGGCUGUGUAUCAUCAGCUGAUUACAAUCAUGUGACUGACCUUGGUGUUUGCACAAUCACAUGUGCAGCUGGGCCAUGCUAGGUCACUCUACAACAAUUUCCGAAUGCCACCUGAUCUGGCAGUAGACAAUUCAUUCAAAUUUAUUUUUUCGGGCUUCAGCGGGCCCCACUGAGAGGUGUCCUAAGCCUAGCUAGCCACACUCCACGCUGCAAUUCCUUCAUGAAACCAUAGACCAUAGCCAACCAUAACACUGUUUUGCUUUUUAUUACGACGUUCUGUUAUUUUUUACGCGUUAAAACGAUCGCUAGUUGUUGAGGUCGCUGUAACCUUAGCUACUGUAUGCUCGCCACAGAGUACUUGGUGCAGCUUGCAAGACAGUCAUUAUACUGUAUUACUGAUUGAUGAUUACAAACCAGCAUACACACGUAAAUGUGCAAUCAAUCUGUCUGGCUUAUUGCGAUUGUAUGACAUUGAUUGUUUACAUGUUCAAAGUGAAAGCUUUCACAGGAGCGGAUUA